CCGGGGUUUGUUUGCAUGGCCCGCGGAGUGGCAAGCCCGGAUUGGUGCUUCGCUGCUCGGCCAAUCCAAGAGGGGCACCUCAGAGCCGGACGGCCGUUUUUAAAAACUCCGCACUGGCUGCGCGUCCGCCCCCUCGUGCGAUCGCCCCCCGUAGGCCUUGCCCCGGCGCCUUUUCCUGCAAGGGACUCUUUGCGGGCGUGCGGGUUAGCGCGCGGCGCGCGGCUGUUCCGCACCGCGCGGAGUCACGUCGGAAUUGAUAACGGCAAAAAAACUUUUUCAUUUCUGAGCCUUUCGGAGCAGCGCUCGCGCCUGGCCGCUGUGGAUUGGCCGGCCGCUCCGAUCGUCCCCUUUCCUUCCCCAGCCAAUCAGGGAGGAGGCUCUCCUGCUGGAGAAGGGAGAUCUCCCUUCGGGAGGGGAGAGAAGGCUGCGCGGAGGUCGGUGCGGAGAUGGGGAAGGCGCGCAAAGUCUGCCUGCUGAGCCUCCUGCUGGCGCUGGCCCAGCUCGCCCUCCUAGCCCGGGGCCAAGAAGAGGAGCCCGGGGCCGAGUCUCUUGCCAAAGAGGAGACUGAUGAGGACGAUGAUGAAGAUGAAGUUGAUGACACAGAGGUGAAAGAGGAAAAUGGUGUGUCGGUGCUGAACGAUGCAAACUUUGACACGUUUGUUGAAGGCCAAGAUACCGUGCUUCUAGAGUUCUAUGCCCCGUGGUGUGGACAUUGCAAGCAGUUUGCUCCAGAAUAUGAAAAGAUAGCCAAAACACUGAAAGAAAAUGAUCCUCCCAUCCCAGUUGCCAAAAUCGAUGCUACUGUAGCCACUGCUGUGUCAGGUCGUUUUGACAUUAGUGGUUACCCAACCAUCAAAAUUCUGAAGAAGGGGCAGCCUGUGGAUUAUGACGGCUCAAGGACUGAAGCAGAAAUUGUGACUAAAGUGAAAGAGGUUUCACAGCCGGAUUGGACCCCUCCGCCUGAAGCAACCUUAGUGUUGACCAAGGACAAUUUUGAUGAGACUGUGAACGAGGCUGACAUCAUCUUGGUUGAAUUCUAUGCUCCAUGGUGUGGACACUGCAAACAGCUGGCUCCAGAAUAUGAGAAAGCAGCCAAGGAGCUUAGCAAGCGUACUCCUCCGAUACUCCUGGCAAAAGUUGAUGCAACUGCUGAAACAGAUCUCGCCACGAGAUUCGACGUGUCUGGAUACCCGACGCUCAAGAUCUUCCGCAAGGGCAAACCCUUUGAUUACAAUGGCCCAAGAGAAAAAUAUGGAAUUGUGGAUUACAUGAUAGAACAGUCUGGCCCCCCAUCCAAACAGAUCCAGGCUAUCAAACAAGUGCAAGAAUUUAUGAAGGAUGGAGAGGACGUCAUUAUCGUUGGGCUGUUCAAAAGUGAUCAGGACCCAGCCUACCAACUGUAUCAAGAGGCUGCUAACAGUGUAAGAGAAGACUACAGAUUCCAUCAUACUUUCAGUCAUGAAAUCUUCAGCUUCUUGAAAGUGGAUCCUGGGAAAUUGGUGGUGAUGCAGCCUGAAAAAUUUCAGUCAAAGUAUGAGCCCAAAAUGCAUGUUUUGGAUAUUAAAGAAUCGACCGAUGCUGUUGCAAUUAAAGAGCAUGUGGUGAAAAAUGCCUUGCCUCUAGUUGGUCAUCGCAAGACUUCCAAUGACGCCAAGAGAUAUUCAAAGAAACCUCUUGUGGUCGUUUAUUAUACAGUAGACUUCAGCUUUGAUUAUCGCGUGGCUACCCAGUACUGGCGAAACAAAGUUUUGGAGGUGGCUAAGGACUUCCCAGAAUAUACAUUUGCCAUUGCUGAUGAAGAAGACUAUUCCACAGAGAUAAAAGACCUGGGGCUGAUUGACAGUGGAGAGGAUGUCAAUGCUGCAAUCUUCGAUGAAGGGGGAAAGAAAUAUGCCAUGGAACCAGAAGAGUUUGAUUCAGACGUGCUAAGGGAAUUCGUUCUAUCAUUCAAAAAAGGUAAACUAAAACCCAUUGUGAAAUCCCAGCCAAUACCAAAAAACAACAAGGGGCCGGUGAAGAUUGUAGUUGGUAAAACAUUCGAAUCGAUAGUAUUGGAUCCAAACUCUGAUGUCCUCAUAGAACUAUAUGCCCCAUGGUGUGGCCAUUGCAAGAAACUUGAGCCUGUCUAUCUAGAGCUGGGUAAAAAAUACAAGAACCAGAAAAAUCUGGUCAUUGCCAAGAUGGAUGCCACCGCCAAUGACAUCACCAAUGACAGCUACAAAGCGGAAGGAUUCCCCACCAUCUAUUUUGCUCCCAGCAACAAGAAGAUGAAUCCUAUUAAAUUUGAAGGUGGGGAGAGAGAUCUGGAGCAUUUGAGCAAAUUUGUAGAAGAACAUGCCACCAAACUGACCUUAACAAAAGAAGAACUUUAAAUGGAGUGAAGGUCAUCCAAUACAAAAAAAAAUGUUGAUACAAAGUUAGAGAGAGGUUCACAGGAGCAACUCAGCACCUGGAGCACUGGGAGUUUUGGGGAUAACGAAACAAUGCAGUAUGAAAUUUUAUUACACAAGAAACGGACUCUGAACUCUUCUGAUGUGAUUUUUUUCAGUCGUUAACAGUUCUUUCUCAUGAGAAAUACAUUAUUUUUUUGUGACUAACUUGA